ACCCCAUCAGUGAUUGCGCACGCACGCACACACACACGCACACACACACACACACGCUCGCACACGAACCGCAGCGAACUGCAUGUGGACGAGCUGCGGAUUUCCUCCAUAAUGUUGGGCGCUGUGAAAAUGGAAGGACACGAAACUCCCGACUGGAGCAGCUAUUAUAAUGAUGUCCAAGAGGUCUAUUCUCCCAUGACGAACAGCAGUAUGAACGCUGGGCUGAGUUCCAUGAAUAAUAUGAACACUUACAUGGGCAUGUCCACCAAUGGGAAUAUGACUUCCAGUUCUUUCAAUAUGUCCUACGCGAACCCCGCGCUCAGUGCGGGUUUGAGCCCGGGCACUAUGGCCGGGAUGCCCACGGGACCCGCCGGUGCCAUGAACGGUAUGAGCGGCGCGGUAUCGAGCAUGGGCACCGCGCUCAGCCCGUCCAACCUGAACGCUAUGACGGCUCAGCACAGCUCCAUGAACGCCCUGAACCCGUACUCGAGCAUGAGCCCCACCAUGAGCUCCAUGACAUACGCGCAGCCCAACCUCAACAGGGCCAGAGACAAUAAGACUUUCAGGAGAAGUUACCCUCAUGCCAAGCCGCCCUAUUCCUAUAUCUCCCUCAUUACAAUGGCUAUCCAGCAGGCACCGAGCAAAAUGCUUACUUUAAGUGAGAUUUACCAGUGGAUAAUGGACCUGUUUCCCUACUACCGCCAGAACCAACAAAGGUGGCAAAACUCCAUCAGGCAUUCCCUGUCUUUCAAUGACUGUUUCGUCAAGGUGUCCAGGUCACCCGACAAACCGGGGAAAGGCUCCUACUGGGCAUUGCACCCUGACUCUGGGAAUAUGUUUGAGAACGGCUGUUACCUGCGCCGACAGAAGCGCUUUAAAUGCGACAGAAAGUUGACGGCUGGUAAGGGCUCAGAUGGAAAGAGGGACCAGAACAGUGGCUCGGGUUCGCCAUCGAGUGACAGUGCCAGCAGCAAACCCGUGCAAAUGGACUCCAGCUCCAUAAACUCUUCCAACCAGUCGCCUAGUCCGCACAGUUUGGACCACAGAAGCGGUGCCACCAACUCCGAACUGAAGAGCACCGGAGCCCAGAUCCACCCCGUGUCCAGUUCGGUCACAUCUCUGUCCUCCUUGCCUUUACCCCCGCACUCUAUGGCCCACGAGUCCCAGCUGCACCUCAAGGGAGACCCCCAUUACUCCUUUAACCACCCGUUUUCCAUAAAUAAUUUAAUGUCCUCUUCAGAGCAACAGCAUAAACUGGAAUUGAAAGCAUACGAACAAGCGUUGCAAUAUUCCUCCUAUGGCUCAGGGAUGUCUUCCAGUUUGCCCAUGGCCAGCAGAGCCACCAUGGACCCUUCGGCUUUAGAGGCCUCUUAUUACCAAGGUGUGUAUUCUAGGCCGGUUCUUAAUACGUCUUAGUCCAUGUUUUGGAGUUACCGAUGGGGAAAAAAAAAACUCUUUUAAUUUUGCAUGCACCUGGUUGUAAAGUUGUAAAGAUUGUAAAGUGUUCCCAUUGAUUGAUUGUAUAUCCCAGUUAUAAAUCAUCGCUAGUGUAUUUAAAACAAUUUUGAGCUUGUAAAGUACUUGUUGUAAUCACCCAAACUUGUAGAACCCUGCCAUAUGUCCAUGUUACUAUACGUGCACGAAGGAAGGUCAACUUUGGUCUUGUAGAAAAACGCUUGUUGCUGGUAAAAAAACGCGAUAUCCCUGUCUGUUGCAGAUGUAUUUGAAUGUUGUCAUUUUACUCAUUACUUUGGGGUUUAUUUACCUCGUUUUGAAAAAAAAGAAGGAAGAAAGAAAGAAAAAAAAAAACUUCACUUUAAAUCCCAAUCUUGUAUUGAAAUAAAUUAAUCCGAGGUGGAAAUGCAUUCUGAAUAAAAUAUGUAUUUCUUAAUCAAGCAAAAAAUCAGUGUUUUGUGACAUUUCUAUGCCCAU